AUGAGUCUCCGUAGUUGCAACUUGCGCAGUUCAUUUCCCAGUAAACUCAUUCAAUUACCAACUCUACAGGAGCUUGAUUUAUCAUACAAUGAAAACCUUACUGGCACUUUACCUGAAUUUCCACAGGGAAGUGCAUUAAGCGAAGUAGUUCUUAGCCACACGGGUUUCACCGGUUGGCUUCCAGAUUCAAUUGGUAAUCUUAGUAAUUUGACCCGGCUUGCUCUAAGUUCAUGCAAUUUCAGUGGGCCCAUUCCAUUGACUCUGGGAAAUCUCACGGACCUAGUUGGUCUUGACUUGUCAUCCAACAGCUUUAGUGGCUCAAUCCCACUCUUUCACAAGGCAAACAAACUCUAUAGCAUUGACCUCAGUACUAAUAAUCUAACAGGUCCACUUACUUCUGCUCAUUUUGGAAGCCUAGACCUUGUGUGUCUAUACUUAAGCGAAAAUUCCAUCACUGGGACAGUUCCGUCAGUUCUCCUUUCCCUCCCUUCAUUGCAGAUCCUUUAUCUUCGGAAAAAUCACUUCAGUGGAGAAGUCCAUGAAUUUGAUGCAUCCUUCUCUGUUUUGGAAAAACUUGAUUUGAGCAGUAACCAUCUAAAUGGAUCGAUCCCGCGAUCUAUCUUUAAACUAAAAAGGCUUUCAGAGCUCUUGCUUUCGUCCAACUCGUUUAGUGGGACCAUUAAAAUCGAAGUGAUGAAGGAACUACCUGGGCUAUACUGGCUUGACCUUUCUUACAACAACUUGAGAAUUGAUGUACAAGGUAGUAAUUCGACCUCAUUUCCCUUUCCCCAGUUGUCUGUAAUAAGGUUGGCCUCAUGUGAGUUGCAAAAGUUUCCAGAUCUUACAAACCAGUCUAGUAUGUUGGACUUAGACCUUUCACUUAACAACAUUAAAGGACAAAUACCCAGCUGGGUUUGGAGUGUUUAUUAUCUGAAUCUUUCUUGCAAUCUCCUGGAGUCUCUAGAAAAUCCUUACAUGUUUACCACUCUUCAGUUUAUGGACUUGCAUUCCAACAUGAUCAACGACAAUCUUCCCAUCCUACCUACUUCUCUCACCUACUUAUCACUUGCCAAAAAUAAGUUUACGGGAUCAAUACCGUCUUCCAUAUGCAAUCUAGAUCAGCUUCAAUUUCUUGAUAUGUCAAACAACUCCUUGAACAACAAAAUACCUCCAUGUCUACUCCAAAAGACUGACCUUCUCGUAGUGUUGAAAUUAGGGAGAAACAAACUAAGUGGCGUCCUUGCUGAUACAUUUGCUCUGAAUUGCAAUUUGAAAACUUUAGACCUCAGCAACAAUGACUUAGAAGGAAAAGUUCCAACAUCCUUGGAAAGAUGUGCAUUUCUGGAGGUUUUUGAUAUUGGAAACAACAAGAUUAGAGAUACAUUCCCAUGCAUGUUGAAGAAAAUAUCCAGUUUGCAUGUCAUUGUCUUGAGGUUGAACAGGUUCCAUGGGAAUCUCCAGUGUCCUAUAGUUAAUAAUCAAACCUGGUCAAAGCUUCAAAUUGUGGAUCUUUCUUCCAACAAUUUCAGUGGAGAUCUGCUACCACAAUACUUCUCCAGCUGGAAAGGAAUGAUCUUGAGCAGCAAUUCAAUGCAGGGGCACCAACAUUUGCAAGUUGAUUUCAUCAUGACAUUUUACUAUAAAAAUACAGUGACUUUAAAUCUCAAAGGUCAGCUAGUGGAGAUUUUGAAUAUUGUUGAAGCUUUGACAUCCAUUGAUUUCUCGUGCAACAACUUCCAAGGAGAGAUACCAGAGGUAUUGGGAGAUCUCAAAUUGCUUUACCUUCUUAACUUCUCACACAAUGCUUUGACAGGAAACAUACCAAAGGCCCUUGGAAAGUUGACUCAGCUUGAAUCCUUAGAUUUCUCAGUAAACCAGUUAAGUGGGAGAAUUCCAGACGAGCUUGCGAGUCUCACAUUCCUUUCUGUCUUGAACCUAUCUUUUAAUCAACUUUCUGGUAGGAUUCCAAGUGGCAACCAACUUCAGACAUUCUCAGCAGAUUCCUUUGAAGGGAACAUAGGGUUGUGCGAUUUUCCUUUAAAGAAAACAUGCAGUGAAACCAAAUUCGAACAUGAUGAAAUUGACGGGAAAUAUAUAAGUUUUGCCUUGGGAUCUUCUGUGGGUUUUGGCAUCGUGAUCUGGCUGUUUUUGCAUUGCCGAAGAUACAAUGAGCUCGUUGAUAGACUUCUUUUCAGAAUUUUGGGUCAGCACCAAAAGAGUGGCCGGAAUAAAAACCCAAGGAGGUCAAGAUAA